AUGCCUGGACCAAGGAGCUUGGUGGGCUCGCCUUUGUUUCGUGAAUAUUCAUUGCCUUACACACCACAGUUUGCGCAAUGCAAGGACGCUACGAGGGAGUUCUAUGAAGAAAGUCUUAAUAAAUGUUGCAGUCAGUGCCCUCCUGGGCAAUACAAGUUACAGAACUGCUCUGACAGUGUGGACACCAAAUGCAGUCCGUGUGGAGUUAACUCGUAUACAGCGAUCUGGAAUUGGUCUCCUCAGUGCUUUGCCUGUUUACCACCUUGCAGGAAAGGUUUUGUGCAGCUUCAAACGUGCACAGAAUCACAGGACAGAAUCUGUAGCUGCCCACCCAAUGAGUACUGCAUUUCGAAAAUAUAUGAUCAGUGCGAAAUGUGCAGAUUGCAUAAAAAGUGUGGAAAAGGUUACCGAGUUUCCAAAAGAGGAACAGACAGCACAGAUACAGAAUGUAUGCCUUGUCCUCCUGGAACUUUUUCAGAUGAGGAAUCUUACAAUACCAGCUGUAAACCACAUAGAGUUUGUAAAACAGUGGCUAUUCCAGGAAACAGCAUGAAUGACACUGUUUGCARUGAUUCAGGAACAGUGUUUACCACAGCUGUACCUCACACUGCUGUGAAAACCAUCCUGACCCAAAGCUCAAACUCUGUCAGACCUGAAAUAUUAACUCGACCUGUCAUUCUAAGUGCUGCACCUGAUAUGUCUUAUAUCAUUGGUUCAGUAACAGGGCCAGUGGUAUUGAUCAUGAUAAUUGCUGUUUUGGGAUACUGCUUAGUCUCCCGUAAAAAAGCGCUUUUAUAUUCUCCACCAGCUGGAGAAGCAGAUUUGCCUUUUUCCCCUACAGAGAAGCAGUGUGAGAAAAAAGUAAGAAAUACAGGACCACAGAACUCCAGUAACUCCAAACAGGAGGAACAGCAUCUCUUGGAAACCCCAGGGUCAAGCAGUAGCUCUCUCAAUAAUCCAGCUGGUGCUACAAGCAACAGUGUAAUCAGUAAGAAGAACAAUGAAAGCAAAGUGGAAGGAUUUCAGCAGCAAUAUUCAGUCACAGAAGGCUGUAAGCUUCACAGUGGAGACAGACAUAACUCUGCAAGUUCAGAACAUUCUGGUAAUGGAGGAACACAGGUGAAUGUGACUUGUAUUGUUAAAGUAUGUAAUUCCGACUGCAGUGCCCAGUCCCCAGAGCAGACUAGUUCAACUAGCAUGGAUUAUCGAAAUGCUCCCCAUUAUUCUCCAACAGGAGAAGAAAUUCCUCUUUCAAAAGAAGAAAACCUCUUGCAAAGAGAAACUGAAAUUAAGAUCUCAGUGGAAACCGAGGAUGAUUUACUUCAAGACCUACUUCCAGAAGAAAAGCCGUUUCCCCUGAGUGUUCAAGAUGUGGGGAUGAAGACUAGUUAAAGGAGAUUACAGAUCAUUUAUUGAUUAAGCACCUCCAACCUUCUGAAAUAAACAUUAUGUUAAAUGUAGCAUUCCUAUGGAGAUUUGAAAUCUAAGAUGAAUAUAGACAUGAGAGUUCAUGAGGUUUUAAAUCUUUUUUUUUUCCUCCCGUCAGCCUGGAGACUGAAAUGAUGCUCUUUGCAGUUUAUAAGAAAUUACCGCUUUUUAAUGCUUUCUUGUAAACAGAAUUGCCUAGUCUUUCCUUUCUUCUAUGAUACAUCUUGAUCAUACCCAAGACAGACCUUUGAAAAGGAACUCUUUUCUAACUUUUUGCCAUCGACAUUUCUGCGGAGACUUCUUGUGAUGAUAGUCUGGGUUCAUAAAUGCUACCUGUUGAGAACAUGACUGCAACCAGCCCUUCUAAGAGACUGGAAUUAUAUGAUCAGUCAUCUGUAAGCUAUUCAUAUAGUUUUGAUUUUAAAAUUACUCCAUUUCCUGCUUUCGUGUAUAUAUUUCUACUAGCUUUUUGGAUAUAUUUUAUUAUGAUUUGCUUCCUUUCAUYUUUUGAGCAAACUUAACAAUUCAAGCUUAAGUACAUUAAAGAGAACCACCUUUUACAGCAUUUUUUCCCCUAGAUUACAACUAUGCUUAUUUCAUGAAGUGAAAUGAAAUCUUUACUAAAUAGUUAUCUUGAAGUAUGCAGUAAAUUUCUCUCAUUGAUGCUUCUAAAGUCUGACAUCUUCAUGUCAUGGCUGCUUUAAUAUGCUUCCCUGACUGAUCCUGACCUCAAUUUUGAUGUUACCAAGGUUAACCAUAAGAACAAAAUAUUUUUCCCUACAUCACAGUGACCAUUAGAGAAGAUGAGACAACUCACACCCAUUAAACUCAAGUAAAGGACUAAAUCUUGAUGAUUGCAUGACAUAAUCUUUGAAAGUGGAAUUGAUUCAAAUCUCAGAAUCAGAAAAUCCUGUUGUCCUUCACUUGUUGAUCCACACUGAAGAUCUAUCCACCUCUUUAAAGAAAAUUAGUAGAGUUUCUUCUGUAAUAAUUCUUGUAAAAUUCAAUUUCUAGGAAUGUAUUUUCCAGAAUUAAGUUUUAUGAACAUGGAUUAACUGACAAUUGUGGUGUCUAAAUUCAACCAGAACUUGUAAUAUGAUUUUAAGUGAAAUCAGACAACAGUCAUAUUUUUUCUUUUAUUCUAUGAAAACAUGCUCAUUAACCUCAAGAGUAACUAAAUGCAUUGUUUGAGGCCUUAGCCUGGAAAAAAAAAAAAAAUUGCAUUUAUUCUACAACUACAAUGGAGAGUCAGAAUUUAGUUCAUGUGGAAGCUUAAACAUCUUUUAUUGCAUUUAUUCACAUUUUUUUACUGGAAUUGAGAAAUGGCAAGCAGACUUUUAUGCCUUUUUACAAAAAUUUUGUAUUGGCUUUUGAAAAUGAAAAAUAAUGUUCAGGGAAGAUGCUAAGACAAGAAAAGUACCUCGUUUUAUAUGUUGCUUUGAACACCCUGCACUGAACAUUCUCCUCUCUUGUUCAUCAGCUCCCACUGUAGAGAUCUGAUUGAAGAAGCAGCUCAAGAUUUCUUAA